GGUAAACCUGAGAGAGAGAGAGAGAUGAGUAAGAAGAAGAAGAAAGUGAGAUGGAUAAAACACUACAACAGUGCCCAGAAGAUACUUUUAGUGGGGGAAGGGGACUUCUCAUUUUCAGCAUGUUUAGCCAGUGCUUUUGGCUCUGGACGAAAUAUGGUUGCCACUUCCCUUCAUUCCAAACGUUUGCUCGAAGAGAAGCACUGGAGCAGUGAAGAACACUUGGAGGAAUUGGAGAGCUUGGGAUGUCUAGUACUGCAUAAAGUUAAUGUUCAUAAGAUGAGCUUCCAUCACACAUUAAAACACAUGGAAUUCGAUGUUGUAGUUUUCAACUUCCCUCAUGCUGGCCAUGUUUCUGGCUACACCGAAAAAGACGAAGAGCUAAUUGAGAUGCACAAGGAUCUGUUGAGGGGGUUCUUCAAGAGUGCCAGAGGGAUGCUAUUGAAGGAAGGCGGUGAAGUCCAUGUCACCCACAGGGAUGACUAUCCUUACAACAAAUGGGAAUUGGAAGUGCUUGGAGCUGAAUCAGGUUUCAGUCUGAAAGAGAAAGUGAGGUUUAAGAAGGGAGAUUAUCCAGGUUACCAUAACAAGAGAGGGGGUGACAUCAACUGCAACAAGACAUUCCCUCUCAAGUCUGAGUGCUUUACUUUCAAAUUCUCUCUCCAAAUGGAUAACGAACUGGAGAUCAGCUGCAAUAGAAUAAGGAGCAUGACCUUGAACUAAUGUAAUUUUGACUCAUUUGUAGAAUUGUUGUCCCCAAACCAUUUGGUUGAAAUCAUGAGAUCAAAUCAAUUUCCUUUUCUAUUCAAGCGCUUACUAGAGCCAAAUUCUGGACACAUGAGCUUCCUGAGAAAGCACAAUUCCACUGCAUACUACUAUGUUUUGUACUCGUGACUAUACUCUUCUGGACAAUGGCG